UGCUCGAUUUGAUCGAUGAACUCGAAAAAUCACUUCGCUCACGCGUUUUCUAUAAUUCAAUUCAAUCGAAUCGACAAUUUCUCAAGAUUCCUCGAGCUAUUCAGUUUGAAAAAUGCUUUGUGUAUAACAAUGAAAGUAGGCAAUUGAAUACAGAAUGCAAACAAUUUGUGGCGUUUGUGGGACAGUGAGUGAGAGAGAAGGAAUAAAAAUUAGUGUAAAUGAAAAUUGUGUAUUUUAAGAUUCAUGUUGGUACACGCUUGCGCCUGGCUUAAUUACGUAAAUACCAACUUAUUUCCUUUGAAUUACAAACGGUGAUCAAUAGCGCGCCGCACAAUAAACAAGCUGUAAACAAAUGUGCUGUGCAUUAUUAACAGCAGCCAUGCGGCAAGAAUAUCACUUAUUAAAACGAUGCUCCCUUUCGUUUCCAAAACUUCCUUCUCCGCCCAUUGUGCCGUGUGGGAGGGGGGGCGGAGGAGGAUGAGAGAAUGGGAGAGAGAAAGAGAGACAGAGAAAACACACACAGCACGACCGAAAAACUGUACGCUUUUGUAUGAUUUCACUUAAAUGUCCAUUUCAGGUGCGCUGUAAUCACUUUGAAUUUGAAACGACCGACUCGAAAUAUAAUACAGUGAAAAACACACAAAAGAAUAUAAGUCUUCCCUCGUUUUCGUCAUCAUAAGUGGUGCGAUAUGUACGUAUAUAUACAUAUUUCCAUAUUGCCACGAUACAAUAUCGUAUCUUUGUUCGAGUUCGAGAGGGCGAAUUUGAUUUAUAUGAGUUUUUAUUGUAUUUACUUGUCAUGCACACAACUAAGGCGCGCAUACACAACGCCACACAAAGAUUUGCUCUUGCCGUGUGUUUUUCCCCGUUGCCAUUCACAACAACAUACGUCCGUAUUGGUUUUGGUACAUGUAAUUACCUGUCGAAAAAACGAAUGGCAAACGUUCCCUAGCGCAGCGACCAAGUUCAAUACGCUCGACCAGCAGUAAUAUUUCUGCUGAUAAUCGCAUACGAAAUUGGCCAGAACAACGCGAAACAACGUUUCUUGUGUGACAAUUUGGUUUGAAUUUCAUCAUUAUUUUUUUUCCUCUCUUCAAAGCCAAUUUAAAUAAUUGUAACGGGAUUUCUUUUCGCAUAAUUUGAAUAGUAGUGUUUUUUUUUCGGAUUGAACUAGGUGAAAAGAUAAAAUGAAAACAAUUAGAUGAUUCAAUCAAAUAGAAAAUUUUCCAUUUUCAAAACGUGAUCAUUAAACUCAGUGACGAAAGAAAAAUAUGGUGUGUUACGGAAGCGACAAACUGUGGUCGUUGUGCAUUUUUUCCGUUCGUAAAAAAAAUGCUGUCAACAAGUGGGUAAUUGAUGCGUUUGAUAAACAAAUACAUAUCAAAAUGGGAUACUUUGAAUCGAAAUCGAACCGGCUCGACGGCUCAUUUUAAUGGAAAAUUUGAAGACUUUGAAACAGAAUUAACGGCCAUAAUUCUAUACCAUUGAAUUGGAUUAUUUAAUAUGUUGUUUUCCCGUCGAUCCAUAUGUGUGUGUGUGUGUGUGUGUGUGUGUGUGUGUGUUUGCAUGGAAUUUUCAUUUGAUGUGGUUUCGUCAAGGAUUUGUCCAAUUACAUUGCUUGGGAAGCGAGCGUUGUGAGCAACAAGUACACAACAAAAUUCAUAUAUGUGAAAUGUACAGUUUUAUCGAUGACUGUCGCAUACGAUUAGAUUUAUAAAAAUGUAGAUCAAAAUGGAAACAGACGAAUUUUCGAAUUAAAUAUACAAUGCAAAUAUAUUCAAGUGAAUCAUGUGUGUAUGUGUUCGUGUGAUGGAUUUUGCUGUCGCAUCAGCAUCCAAUUGAUAAAUUCCAUCAUUUUCACAGAAACAUUCAGCGGAAAAACUUGAUUUAUAUAACAACGUUAGCAUAUUUUCUGUGUGUAUCAGAUUCCCUUGUAGUUCGUGUAACAAUACACUCACCCAGCGCCAGUGUCACAAAGUGAGUGAGUAAGUGAGUCGAGAGAAAAUUUUUGUUGCCAUUCGCAACAGUUGGCAUUCGAAUAUGUACCUGUGAUUUAUGUGUAUGUUUAUCGGAAAAAUGAACUUCAAACCAACCAACCAACCAACCCAUCCCACCACCCUCUCUACCGUCACCGUUGUCGUCGUUUUACCGUUGAUUGUGAACAUGAACUCUCUACAUCAAAUCAAUCUGUAUGUGUAUUGCCAAUAUUGUUCAGGUAAUUGAUGUGAUGGUGCUCGCAACAGUUCGGCGUGGAAGAGGAAUUCAAUCAAUCAAAAAUAAUUAGUACGGAUUCAAAAUCAAUUUUUCACUUUUUUUUUAAAUCCAAAAUCGGGUUCUUUGGAUUUAAUGGGCAAAAAUGAGAUUUGUUACCCUCCCAAUGAAACGCAACAAUUCACAUAUCGAAUUAAGUGUAUGUUAAACUCAUGUGAUUUGACAGAAACACUAAGAACCAAUCUCGGUAUCCAAUUGAAAAUGUUGAUCGAAUUCAUAAAAUAUCUUCCUUUCUUUCCCAUUCUUGUUAUUAUUUUUUUUCUCCUGUGCGUGUGUGUGUUUGAUUAUGUAAAAGUCGAUUGAACGUGACUGAACAGCGCGAAAAGUGUAUGAAAAUCUUUGGAAAUCAUUCGGUGUAAAAUGACGUGUCACAGAGAGUGUCCUUCAAUUCGUUACACAUUUAUGCGGAUUUAUGUAGGGAAAAAUAGCGGUGCGCUUAUGUAAGCAACAAGUCACAAUGAACACUAAUUAAACUUGAAAUAGUUCUUAUGAAUCAAUAAUAAUUCUAAAGUGGAAAAAAAGUGGAACGAUUUAACUGAAACAUUUUGAAGUGGAUUUCCGGCAGUGUAUGUGUAUGUACAUAAAAGGGUGUUUAAAACAAACAAGGCAACGUAUUUUGAAUAUACAAACAAAAACGGUAAAAUGGAUGAUGACAACGAACGAGAUGAUGCUAAGAGGAAGUCAAGAAAUCUUAGCGAAAAGAAACGCCGGGAUCAAUUUAAUAUCCUGAUCAAUGAGCUCAAUUCGAUGGUGUCAUCGGCCAAUCGAAAAUUAGACAAAUCAACCGUUUUGAAAGCAACCAUCGCUUUCUUACGACAACACAAUGAUAUGACGAUGAGAUCUCGCAUACAUGAGAUUCAUGAAAACUGGAAACCAUCAUUUUUAUCAAACGAAGAGUUUACACAUUUAAUGCUAGAGGCUUUGGAUGGAUUCAUCAUAGUUUUCUCUUCAGAUGGCAAUAUUUACUAUGCAUCCGAAAGCAUAACAUCACUCUUGGGCCAUUUACCGAGCGAUCUACUCAAUGCUAGCGUCUAUGAUUUAAUUUACGACAAUGAGCAGCAGGAGAUACACAAUCUAUUAUCAAAUCCGGUGACUGUAAUCGAUCCAAUAAAAAAUGAUCUCACAAUUGAAAAUCAAGUUAGUUUUGUUUGUCACAUGAAAAAGGGUGGACUAGAGUAUCGUGAUGAAGAAGCUUACGAAUCCGUACAAUUCAUUGGAUAUUUCCGGAACGAUGUCGAAAUUGAUGAACUGUUACCAUCGACAAGCAGCAGCCGAGCUACAACUGACAAUGAUUUAAAAUUAUUGUUUGUGGGAAUUGGGCGAACACAAACGCCCCAAUUAGUUCGUGAAAUGACUGUGGUGGAUUCGGAAAAAAGUGAGUUCACUUCAAGGCACAGUCUUGAGUGGAAAUUCAUAUUUUUGGACCAUCGUGCAACCCCUAUCAUUGGCUACUUACCCUUCGAAGUACUCGGCACAUCCGGAUAUGAUUACAAUCAUUUUGAUGACUUGGAUAAUAUCGUGUCAUGCCAUGAAACAGUGAUGGGAAAGGGCGAAGGGAAUUCGGGCUAUUAUCGAUUCUUGACCAAAAGUCAGCAAUGGAUUUGGCUACAAACUCGUUUUUACAUAUCAUAUCAUCAAUGGAACUCGAAACCAGAGUUCAUCGUUUGCACACACCGAGUUGUUAGUAACGCAGAAGUUCUGAAGCAAUUUAGCAACGAACGAAAGGAGUCUGAUAAUAGAAGUGACAGUAGUAAAUUGGGCCAAAUGAAACCAUUUGAUAGAAAAACCGGUGAUAAAACCACUAGAACGAGCAAUUCAUCAGUUCGGAGUAGGUAUUCAACAUCGUCCCCCACACCAAACACAAAAAGUGAUAGCCGAAAUUGUGCAACCAGCGUAACGGAAACAUCAAUAUCUCGAACGCGGUCAUCUCCUUGUUUCUCCUCAUCUUCAAAGGCAUCAAGCAAAUAUUCAAUGUCAAACCAAAGCAGUAAUGCAUCAACAAUUACUGAUAAAAAAUUGCGAAAAAGUGAUCGAUCAUCGCCUCCAUCGGGGAAUCGAAGCCAGUCGUCGAUGGUUAAACUGGAGUAUCCAUCUGCGUCCCAAAGAAAGCAGCACCGUGAAAUUGCACAAGAGCCAUACGGCAAUCAAAUGGGAAAUAUAUGCUAUAAUUCACCUUCCGUCGGAUAUUUGCCGCCCCAAUAUGGUAUUACAGAGUCAGUUCAAGCGAUUGAUGAUGUAUUAAGGUUAACCCAGGAUUGUAUGGUAAUUUCAGAGAAGACAUUGCUUCCGUUAGGCCACCAAUCUCCAGUGAAUUUACCGAUGCAGCAGCCCAUACCCGAGAUUUUGCAUCGCGAUGCCAUUAUCACCUCUACACAAUCUCACAUUCAGAAUCAAUUACAGCGCAAACAUGAAGAGCUACAGCAGCUCAUAAUCAAGCAACAAGAGGAAUUGCAAUUGGUCUCAGAGCAAUUACACCUGGCCCAGCGUGGAAUGUUACCAGUGGUGAGUUCAACGCAAAUGGAUACACAAUAUGUAAAUCGUCAUCCGAUCCGAGCACAUCCGCAUCAAAUGGAAAAAAUGGGCAAUCAUCGAACUGUUCUACGAUUAAUGGACAAUUCAACGGUAAUCAAUGCACAGCAACCAUACAUGGAACAGCCAGGGAAUCAAAUAAUUUGCCCGGAAGUACCAAAUACACCGCAUAGUGUAAAAUCAGUCGAACAGUUGCCACAAGUGCAUAGCUCACAGGAUUACCAUACCGCAACGGCUUUAACCACUUUUGAUGAUGCAAAUCCGGCCAGCAUUUCUCCGGCCACCCCAGCCAGCAUAACCAGCACAAUUGGCUCAAUCAAAUUCACAUCAGCCAGUGAAUAAUGGACAGCAAAUUACAAACCAAAUAGAAAAGACCCUGACUUUAUCUGUCUAUGGCAUUCAUCUGUUCUUCAAAACUGAAAGCAACUAUCGAUUUGUGUCUGUCAUUUUCAAUAUACUUUUAUUUGUCACAAUAGCCGCUUUAAGGUUUUUCUUAAAACCAAACCAAACCAUAUAAUUGAAAUACUAGCGUUUUUUUUCGUGAGCAUUGAACAACCACAGCACCAACGUUAUCAAGAGAAAGAAAGAAAGAGAGAACAACUUGUGGAAGGUCACUAUUUUUGAGGCUUCACGCUUUUAUUUUCAUCGCCAAGGUUUCAUUGCUUUAGAAAUCGUAUUUUGUCACACAUACACACACACACACACACACACACACACACACCUUGAGUUUGCAAUUAAAGGUUCAAAAAUGUAUGAUAUCGAUUGAUAUCUUUCGAAAAACAUUCUUUUUCGGUCUCAUCUGUUUUAAAUUAGCCCAGAGACUUUUCAAGUCAACCUCAAGAUUAGUACAUCAUAUUUUGAAAACGGUUUCUUGUUCCAAUCGAUAGAUUUUUGUUUUGCGAGAAUUUGUCGUAAUUUUGUUCAAUUAUAAGAAAAUGCACAAAAUAGAGGAAAAUAUGAUUUGAAUAUAGCAAUGCAUAGAAAAGGAAACACAAGUAUUAAUAUUAUUUCGAAUCUAUAUAGCCAAUCGCACUUGAUCAAGCGUUCAUAACACCGAUCAUAUGGAAACUAUCAAUUUAUGGUAUACCGAAUUUUUAACAGAGAAUGAAGACUUUACUGAACUGAUAAGAUAAUUGAAGCAUAACAAAAACAUCAACAAGAAGAACGAUAUUUGCGACAACAUUUUAAUUUCGAAAAUAAACGCGAUUAAAACAGA